UCACAGCCAUUAAGAGACCUCCAAUUUAAUGUCUCAUCAUGCUUAUUCUGUAGUUCACAUUAAGUCCAGAGUACUGGAGGACCGGAACAAGUGGACUUGUAGACACCAGAUAGCCCGGCCAUGCUGUUGGCCAUGGCAUCUCAGGAUGUUCAGAACUUCUUCCAGCCUCUCUCUUCCUGGAUAUCUCGGGUUUAUGAAGCUCUCCAGCAAGCAGGAGAUACAUUAUCUGCUUCGCUGGUUAACUUCAGCAAAAAAGACUCUAAGUUGAGUGACAAGCUAGACCAGGACUUAGAUGAUAUUCAGAUUCAGGAAACUUACUUUGAAGAUGAAGAACAAAGCAAUGAUUGGAGCCAAGAGGACACAAACUCCUUGUUUUUUGAAGUGGACCAUUUCUCCUGUUGUAAUAGUGAUUUGCAGGACUCUGCCCAAAGUUCAAGCCCCAGGCUUAGCCAACAUGCAAAGGACUCAUGUUUGUUAAGGUCCCAGUGGCCCAGUCAGACCCUUGAUGACCAAAAGCCACUACAUGUGCUUUCUUCUGUUGCUGAGGAAGAAUGUCACCUUGAAAAGCAAAGGAGUGGCCUUCAACAUGGCUUUGACAGCCAGCUCUCUGGUGUUUUAGAAAAUAUUAAUGGAAAAAAGCAAGUUAACAGCUUUGGAGAUGAUGAGGAGCUGUCCACAUCUUCUGACAGCGAUGAGGAGGUGAUCAAACAGUUUGAAAUUUCUGUGUCCCGGUCCCGGAGUUUCCGCUCAGGAGCAUCUGAGAAAGGAAAGCAGACAAGAUUGGAGCAGAAACGAAAACCCAGCCACUGGCUCCCUACCCACAAAGAGGACCACGCGGAAGUGUCCACCUGUGAAGGUUUGGAUGGAGGCAGCCAACUGAAUUAUUCUGAGAAUCUGUCUUAUGGUGAAGAUGUUCCCAUCUAUGCCCACUCACAGUCCCCCUGUGAGGUGGGGGACACCAGGCACCAUGGCUCACCUUCCCAAGAGAUGGUCCGUAGCCUCAGUCAGCAGUCCACAGAGGGCAGCUUGGAGACGGAGACAGCUUGUAAUAACCGAGGAUUUGAAGAUUCCUGUGCCACUGACAGCUCCUCCGUGUGGAGUCCAGAGGGACAGGAUGCGACCAAUUUUCAGGUGCCAUCUGGGGUCCUGGAGCCCAUCUCAAAAUGUGGUGACCUGGAUGUCAUCUUUGAAUACAGAGCUGCCAGCCAGAAGCUCAUAGUGACCAUUGUAAGAGCACAUGGCCUCCCAGAUAAAGACCGAAGCGGUGUCAACUCCUGGCAAGUUCACGUAGUGCUGCUUCCCAGUAAGAGACAGAGGGGCAGGACAAGCAUACAGAGAGGGCCCAACCCCAUCUUCAAGGAGAAAGUCACCUUCGCCAAGCUGGAGCCCAGAGAGGUGGCUGCCUGCGCCGUCCGCUUCCGCCUGUACGCUGCCCGCAAGAUGACCCGGGAGAGAAUGAUGGGAGAGAGGCUGUUCUAUCUCAGCCACCUGCACCAGGAAGGGGAAAUGAAAGUGACUCUGGUUCUGGAGCCAAGAAGUAACAUCAGUGGUGGAGAGUCUCCACUCAGCCCAUCUGCAGUUUCUCACAGUGAUAGCGCUUCAUCCACGCAGUCGCUGUCGCAUGGAGGGGCGCCAGAGCUGUUGGUGGGGCUGUCGUACAAUGCCACAACGGGGCGAUUAUCCGUGGAAGUGAUCAAAGGCAGCCAUUUCCGAAACCUCGCUGUGAGCAGAGCGCCUGAUACGUAUGGAAAGCUCUUUCUCCUCAAUUCUGUGGGUCAAGAGAUGUCCCGCUGCAAGACAUCCAUCCGGCGCAGUCAGCCCAAUCCUGUCUAUAAGGAGACCUUUGUUUUCCAGGUGGCCCUCUUUCAGCUCUCUGAUGUCACAUUGAUGAUUUCUGUGUAUAACAGGCGUGCCAUGAAGCGUAAGGAGAUGAUUGGCUGGAUUGCUCUGGGCCAAAACAGUAGUGGAGAAGAGGAACAAGACCAUUGGGAGGAAAUGAAGGAGACCAAAGGGCAGCAGGUCUGCAGGUGGCACGCCUUGCUUGAAUCCUAGGUUUGCCAACAGGUGUUGGUGGGCCAUGCCCACCCUGGUGAUGUGUGUUUUGAUUCCUGAUACCAACUCAGUGGGUGCUGGCAGGCUUUUUAGAGACAGGCUUUAAAUAGGGAUUGGAUUCUACUAAACCCUGGGACAUUCUGGGGAUGGCGGGCACUUCUGGGUUUCUCAAAGAUUUGAUUUGGAUUUAAUUUUUAAAAAACCCUUGUACACCAUUGAGUACACUUUAUGGGAGUUGUUCCUGUGGUUGAGAUGAAUGAAGAUGAGUUAAUUUGUGUUAAUAGGUUAUUGAGUUCUGUUUCAGGUUAUGGGAUGAUGCUUCCCUGGCCAUCUCUGCUGAAAGAGUAACCUGAGAUUGCAAGGAAGCUGUUAAAUCUCACUGUUUGAAACCAUUUGUGUGUAGGAAUCAGAAUUUUCUUAUUAUGGUGCAAAACACUCCAAAAUACAGAAAUGAAUCUGAUGCCAAGUCUCAUAAAAAAAGUAACUGUCAUCCAUAAUUUUUCACAUUUUUCUCUUUAUAAAAAACAAACCCUUUCAUUUAUUUGCCUAACAAACAAAUGUUAUAAACUUGCACUUAUAAAGCAAAUUUGUAUGAAUUAAAUACCUUUUUUUAUCUCACUUAUAUUCUAUGGUUUCCUAUGAGAUUUGGUUAGGUGAACCCUUUUGAAACUAAAAGAGAAUUCAAAAACCACUGUUAAAUUAAAGACAACGUGUCUCCUUUUGAAUAUGUCAGAUUUCAAACUGAAAACUUUCAAGGUUUUUAAUGCUGUUUUUCUCACCUAAUAAAUUCUUACAGAGUGAGAAAAAAAAACCUGUUUUCAGUCAUGGAUCUAUUAAUUUUUCUGAAUCUAGUGUUCUCCUUUGAGAUUAUACAUUUUCUAUAUUCAAUAAUACAUAGUCAUGCAUAUAUUUUAAUUGUGCAUCAGCAUGUAUCCCAUGGCUUUUUAUGCAAUAUAUUUCAUCAUCAGAGCAUAGUAAAUUGUACUGAGUGGGUCUUUAAUAAAUGUUGAUUUGAUUGACUCUUAGAAAUCAGCAUAUUAUAUACCUGUGAGUAAAGAAUACUUUCGGCUUGUUAGGAAUGCCACUAAUUCUUCUUAGAGCAUUUGCAGUGCCUGUAAUUGUCAUUUUUCAUGGUAUUUGCAGCAACAUAUGUUACUCACCACUUGGAUUCUGGACACAUGCCAUUCCAAAGACUGAUCAUGUAUGGUUAUGAGCAUGAAAUGUUCCUUCUGACUUUUAUAUGUUUUUGCACUGCCUGUUUAUUUUUUUUGAGAUCUGAGCCCUUAAUCUCAGUUACUUUAGGUUGGCUGGAGUAAAAAAAGAAAAAAAACCAAAAAGGGAAGGAUUGUGUGUACAUGGAACACCGAGCCCAGUGUGCAGCUCUUCUGAGCAAUUGCUCAGUCACUUAUUUUUAGCUUUUAUGUUUCAUUGUUGACUUUCUCCUGUCUGUGGGAAGAGUGAUAGCUAGUGAUGGAUGUAUACAGUUAAAAACACAUAACUCCUCCUCAGCGCUACAUUUUGACAGAUUGUAAACGUAGGCAGUAACACUUGAAGCACAUAUUUAUUCCUUACAAUGUGUGAUGGUUCUUCUGACAAGCCCAGAUGAGGACACAGGAUAACUUUCAUGCUUUUGAAAGAAGUGAUUUCAUAUGGAAGAAUCAGAAUGAGAAAAAUAAAUGAAUAUCUUCA